AUGGCAACACAUGAUGUGGUCUUGUACUAUUUGCUUAAUGCCAGUUCAGCACUUUAUCUUUCGGCUGCUCAUAACGCUUUAUACUUUGUGUUAGGUUGGCAUACUGUUGUGCUGCAUUUUUGGCAUUACUGUUUGACAUUCUGUUUUCUAUUGCUCUGCUCAGUAAUUGGAAUGCAACGAUGGAGUAAGCCAUUACCGAUCAGCCCAUUCAUAUUACCAAUCACUACACAAAUCAUUAUUGUUCUACUUUCGAAUCGUAUACAUUCACAAAUACGCUCAGAGUAUUCGACUUUUUAA